UCUUUAGAAUUCGGCUUUGAAAAAAUUCUUUUAAAAUCAUAUGGAUAAUCCUCAACUUUCUUCACUCAACAAAAGAUUUAUAACACAAGAUGAAAUAGAAGAGUUAAAAAGAAUAAGACAAGAAGAAUGGGAUAGGGUUAGAAAGCCCGAGGAGCCUAAAGAGAGACCAGAAGUGGAAUAUGACUCAAAAUCUUUAUUUGAAAGAUUAAAGGAACAAAAAGACAAAGAGGAUGCUAUAUAUGAAGAAAGGAAAAAAUUUAAAAAUCAGAUAAGAGGAAUAAAUGAUGAUGAAUCUUCAUUUUUGGAUAAUGUAUUUGAAAAACAAUACAAGAAAGAAAGGGAUAUUGAACAUGAAGAACUUGUUGAACUAGCUCAAUUUAGAGAGGAUGCCAAAAAAUAUAGUUUGGAACAAUCAUUAAAGGUACUUCCCAGCACAAAUAUCACUCAAGUUUCAAAUUCAUCUUCAAUACUCCAAAAUAAUACAUUGCAAGACAGAAUUAGUCUCAAAAAUUUGGUCAAAUCAGGUAUAAUCAGAGUAAAACAACCUUCUAUUAACAAAGAACACUCAAAUAUUAAAGAUGCUCAUAGUCAAAAUCUCAAUAAAGAUUCUGAUAAAAGAUCUGAUGGGAUAGAACCCUUUACAAUGAAGUAUCCAUUUCAUCCCAGAAAAGGCCUCAUUCUCCUCUUCCCAAACAUUCUAAUCAUGCUGAAUAAUAAAACUGGCAUAGAAAAUCAAUUACUAGCCACCGAUAACGAAGCUAUGAUCACGAAGGGAACAAGUAAACCAAAAAAUAACCAUAAAACCAAUGCCUUAAACACUAUCUUUGCAAGUUACAAAAAUGUAGGAGACUUAAAUGAUAUAAGCAGUAGUUCAUCGGAAGGAAGCCAAGACGAUGAAAAUCAACAUACAUCUGAUACAGAUGGAGAAUAGAUUUACAAAAACAUGUGCUUAUAAAUGAUGUCACAUUGAUAGAAAUUUAUAGAGAUCAAAAAUAUACCGCGUUUCCUAAUAUUAAUAUAAAUGAUAUAACUAAUAUAAAUGUUUCAAAUCAAUGGCGAAUAUAUUUUUUAAAAUAAAUUUUUGUG